GAAUCGAGUCAAGGGAGGCUACAAUGAAGAGUGAAGACGACUACUACUUUUCUCUCUUGUCUUUGUGAGUAAAGAAAUGGCAGCGGGAAAGAGGGGCAUGGGCACGAAAGAAGAAGAAUGGCGAGUGCACAGCGGUGGUGGGCAAUACCUGGGCGAAAUCUCAGCCCUCUGCUUUCUUCACAUACCUCCUCCUCCUCCUCCUCCUCCUCACAUCUCUUCUCCUCCUCUUCUUCUUGCCGGUACCGGAUCACAAAUUCUACUUUAUGAUUUAAGAAUGGGAAAUUUGAUUAAAUCAUUUAACGUGUUCGAUGGUAUCCGAGUGCAUGGAAUUUCCUGUACCACCACACAAGGAUCGUUGUCUUCCACACUCGUUUUCAAGAUUGCUGUGUUUGGGGAAAGGAGAGUCAAAGUAUUUAGGUUAUGCAUCGAGAUGGAGUUGACAUUUCAAGAUCAGUCAGAAGAAGGCACUCACUUGAUUCUGUUACAUUCAUUACCAAAAUUUGGUCACUGGGUUUUGGAUGUUUGCUUCUUGAAGGACCAUACAAGUUCUUCUGAUGACGGGAGCCAUCGUCUUGCAGUUGGUUGUAGUGACAACUCCGUCUGUUUCUGGGAUAUUUUGAAACCCAUUCUGAUUUUUGAAGUGAGAUGUUCAGAGAGGUGUCUUUUGUAUUCCAUGCGGAUGUGCGGCAGCCAAGUUGAAGCUCUUCGUGUGGCAUCUGGUACUAUCUACAAUGAGAUUAUUGUUUGGAAAGUGGUUCCCCAUAACCGGGCUUCUCUGAGAAGUCCAGUGGAAGAUCAUGUCAAUAUUACAAGUAUAAACAACAGUCUCCAGCUUCACAGUCAGCAAUAUGAAGCUGUUCAUAUAUGUAGACUUACUGGACAUGAAGGUUCAAUUUUUCGUAUUUCAUGGUCGUCUGAUGGAUCCAAACUGGUAUCCGUCUCUGAUGAUCGUAGUGCUCGCAUUUGGUCAGUUCAUGAGGAAAAGAAAGAUAAUCCCUCAGAGGCUGUCGACUCUCACUCAGUGGGCCCUGUGCUAUUUGGUCACAGUGCUCGGGUCUGGGACUGCAGUAUAUUUGACUCUUUAAUUAUCACUGCCGGUGAGGAUUGUACAUGUCGUGUGUGGGGACCAGAUGGUAAUCAGCUCAAGAUGAUCAAGGAGCACAUUGGCAGGGGAAUAUGGCGAUGUUUGUACGAUCCAAAUUCUUCACUUCUUGUUACUGCUGGUUUUGACUCUGCAAUAAAAGUACAUCAGCUGCCUGCUUCUUUGUCAAAUAGCUCAGUGAGACUUUCUGAGGAGGUAAAAGAAUUCACUGAAAGAUCACUCUUCACUGUUCGUAUCCCGAUUUCAUCACAGCAUAUUGGACUCGUGGACAGCAAAAGUGAAUAUGUACGAUGCUUGCAUUUCUCAAGUGAAGAUACCCUUUAUGUUGCCACAAACAAUGGUUAUCUGUACCACGCUAAACUAUCUGAUACUGGGGAUGUAAAAUGGACCGUACUUGUCAGAGUCAGUGAAAAGGUACCAAUUGUUUGCAUGGACUUGUUAUCCAGAAGACCAUCUGACGUUUCGAGCUGUAUUGAUGAUUGGGUUGCUGUUGGAGAUGGUAAAGGAAACAUGACGAUUGUCAGACUUGUUGGUGAUGUUUGUAAUCCUAAAGUAUGCCUCGAUUUUACUUGGUCAGCUGGAAUAGAGAGACAACUACUGGGAACCUAUUGGUGCAAGUCAUUGAGUAAUAGGUUCAUUUUCACUGCUGAUCCUAGGGGGACUUUGAAGUUAUGGAGGCUAUGUGAUCCUCUACAUUCUGUUCCAUACAAUUCUAGUUGUGCUGUCUCUUUAAUAGCUGAAUUUGUGUCAUGUUUUGGAAUACGGAUAAUGUGUUUGGAUGCAUCACUUGAGGAAGAGAUGCUGUUGUGCGGGGAUCUACGUGGUAAUUUGCUAUUAUUCCCUUUGUCAAAGGGCCUACUGUUGGGUACAUCUGUUGCUUCAGAAGUGAAAAUAUCUCCACUAAAUUAUUUCAAAGGAGCUCAUGGGAUAUCGAGUGUGUGCAGCAUUUCGAUAGCUAGAUUUAUUUCCAGUCAAAUUCAGAUACGUUCGACUGGAGCAGAUGGAUGCAUAUGCUAUUUGGAAUAUGAUAAAGAUCGACCAAAUUUGGAAUUUAUUGGGAUGAAACAAAUAAAGGAAAUGAGUUUUAUACGAUCUGUCGCCAAUGCCAACUCUUGUGAUGAUUUGAUUAGUGGCAACUAUGCAAUAGGCUUUGCAUCAGCCAAUUUUAUAAUAUGGAACUUAACGACUGAACGGAAGGUUUUCCAAGUUCCAUGUGGUGGAUGGCGGCGUCCUCAUUCUUAUUAUCUUGGUGAUGUACCGGAAUUGAAGAGCUGUUUUGCAUUUGUCAAGGACGAGGUCAUCUAUAUUCAUAGAUACUGGAUAACAGACAGUGAGAGGAAGAUAUAUCCUCAGAAUUUUCAUUUGCAAUUCCAUGGGAGAGAAAUGCAUUCCUUAUGUUUUAUAUCUGGAGAUUUACAAUUCAAUUCAAAUGAAAAGCUGGGGCUUGUUUCUGAUUCCAUUUGGAUUGCAACUGGAUGUGAAGAUGGAACUGUGAGGUUGACAAAGUAUGAUUCGGGUGUUGAGAGUUGGUCUGCAUCAAAACUGCUAGGGGAACAUGUUGGCGGCUCUGCAGUGAGAUCAAUAUGCUUUAUUUCGAAGAUACACAAGAUUGCUGCUGAUUUAACCAGCAUGCCUAAUGGGAUAAGUGGCCAAAAUGCAGCAUUGGAGGACAAAGAGAGCCCUUGCUUGCUAAUUUCAGUUGGUGCAAAGCGGGUCCUAACUACAUGGAAACAGAAAUAUUCAAUUAGAGACAUCAAGCAAGAAGUGCUUGCUGAUGGGACAGAUAAUGGAACUGAAUAUGACUUUAAGCCUUCUUCAGGAGUGUUCCCGUCAAUGUCGUUCCAGUGGCUUUCCUCCCAUAUGCCUACCAAGUAUAGUAGCACUCAUGAAAUAAGAGAUAACAAUGAGAAUGAAAAUGGAACUGAAAAUGUUUCCGGUAUAGUUUCUGAUGCACUAUCUGGAUCAGUUUUUUCAGAAAGGGGGAAGAUGGAAUUAAAAAGUUGCUUUGGGGAUAAAUGCGAAAAUGACUGGAGAUACCUGGCUGUUACUGCUUUUCUUGUUAAAGUUGCUUAUUCCAGGAAAACUGUCUGUUUCGUUGUUGUUGCUUGUUCAGAUGCCACACUUGCUUUACGGGCUCUCCUAUUACCUUAUCGGCUUUGGUUUGAUGUUGCAUUGUUGGUUCCCCUUUCAUCACCAGUUUUAGCAUUGCAGCAUGUCAUCAUUCCUACAUGUCUGCCAUCUGAAGAUAACAUUCAGAGUGGAAAUGUGUAUCUUGUAAUAAGUGGAUCCACUGAUGGCAGUAUUACCUUUUGGGAUCUAACUGGAAGUGUUGAAACUUUUAUGUGGGGGAUGUCAAAUCUCCAAAUAGAGAAGUCUAUUGAUUGUCAGAAAAGACCUCGCACUGGAAGAGGAAGCCAAGGUGGACGUUGGUGGAGAACUUUGAGAAGCAGCACCCCAAAGAAGAAACCAGGCAACGGUUCCGUCGCACCGGGAAACUUGGACAGUCCCAGAGAAAACAUCCUAAAUAAUGAUGCAUGUGGAACCUCAUCAAAAUUAGCUGAUUCCUUAAAAAGUGCGACUGCUUGCUAUCAAGCUUCAAGUAAUGCAUCCUUUGGGUCAGAUGUGAACACGGAUAAAAACUCAUCGGAAAUAUGUACAAUACGUCCCUUGCAUGUUUUUAAAAAUGUUCACCAAUCUGGGGUCAAUUGUCUCAAUGUUUCAGAUAUGAAAAACAAGAGACCAUCUGACUCGGAUUUUCUCUACUAUGUAUUAAGUGGGGGUGAUGAUCAAUCACUUCACUGCCUUGGAUUUGAGUUGGCUUUUCUAUCAGUAGGUCAGUAUUCUGAGAAUAUGAAUCCAGACAUUGCACAUGGUACCUCUGAAUCUGAAAGUACGAAGGACCUCCUUGAUCAUUUUCACAACCAAAAUUAUAGAAUCCGAUUUUUAUAUCAUGACAAAAUCGCUUCAGCUCACAGCUCUGCUGUAAAAGGUAUUUGGACAGAUGGAUGUUGGGUGUUCUCAAUUGGUCUUGAUCAGCGCAUCAGGUGUUGGCAUCUUGAUAAGCAUGGUAAACUAACUGAGCAUGCUCAUAUAGUUGUUAGUGUGCCAGAGCCAGAAGCUUUGGAUGCUAGAGCAUGUGGAAGAAACUACUAUCAGAUUGCAGUAGCUGGAAGAGGGAUGCAGAUGGUCGGGUUCUCUGCAUCCUGUGGCUUGGAUGGCAGAGAUUGUGCCCAUUUCUCGUGAUUUGUACUAACCCUUUGGACAUUUGGGAGGUUGUAAGAAGGUGAAUUCUGCAGUUUUCAGAUUGUCCUGGUUAGAGAGACCUUAUACAAAGUGUACUGCUAAUGUGCAAGAACAUAUCAGUGGGUGUUCAAGGUUAGUGCUGAUGUACACUCAGGAAAUCACCUAUGGUAUUUCAGAACAUGGGAGUGAAAUUUCUGCUAAGAGCCUUUUUUUGCAACAUGAUUUUUGUCCUCCCCUAGUUCCCCACAGCAAGAAUUGAUCAGAAGAAUCGAUCUUGAGAGCUGAUGGUUCAUGAGGCACCAGGGAUCAAGCCUUUUUCCAACUAGGUCAAUGUCUUGGGGUUUUGCAACAUGAAUUUGUUUGACCUAAAUUAUUCAGGAUUACCUUGAAUUCCAGUUACUGCUCCUAUAUUUACCCGUACCCAAUGCAUUUGACAGCAUGUCAUUAACUCAGUUGUUUGCUCCACCAUUCAACACCUGAAGUUCUGUAUUCAGGUAAGGCUGUUAUUUUCUUGUUUGACUUGCAAAGGUUAGCAUGCAGAUUGACAAUUUUUUGUAACAUUUUACUUAAUUAAUUUAAGCUUCUUUUGCC